CCUGCGGGGGCGCGCGCAGCCUCGUGGGGUUCCCGCGGAGGCGCGCCCGGCGGGGAGCGCGCAGGGCGGAGAGCCGGGAGCGAGCGUCGCAGCUCACCUGCCGCGGGCGCCACCACGGACGUGCCACGCGGGUGGCCCGAGCUAUUCGGCAGCACCGAAGGAGCACCCCCUCCGUCUGGGCGUGCCAAGAGGACAGGGGUUAAAAUGAACGAAGACCUGAAGGUCAAUUUAAGCGGGCUGCCUCGGGACUGUAUAGAUGCCAGUGCUCCGGAGAACAUCUCAGCCGCUGUCCCCUCCCAGGGCUCUGUUGCGGAGUCAGAACCCGAGCUCGUUGUCAACCCCUGGGACAUUGUCUUGUGCAGCUCAGGAACCCUCAUCUGCUGUGAGAAUGCCGUUGUGGUCCUUAUCAUCUUCCACAGCCCCAGCCUGAGAGCCCCCAUGUUCCUGCUGAUAGGCAGCCUGGCUCUUGCAGACCUACUGGCUGGGCUGGGACUCAUCAUCAAUUUUGUUUUUGCAUACCUGCUUCAGUCAGAAGCCACCAAGCUGGUCACAAUCGGACUCAUUGUCGCCUCUUUCUCUGCCUCUGUCUGCAGUUUGCUGGCUAUCACUGUGGACCGCUACCUCUCGCUGUAUUACGCCCUGACGUACCACUCUGAGAGGACCGUCACCUUUACCUAUGUCAUGCUAGUAAUGCUCUGGGGAACGUCUAUCUGCCUGGGGCUGCUGCCUGUCAUGGGCUGGAACUGCCUGAGGGACGAGUCCACCUGCAGCGUGGUCAGACCUCUCACUAAAAACAACGCUGCCAUCCUCUCCAUCUCCUUCCUCUUCAUGUUUGCCCUGAUGCUUCAGCUCUACGUCCAGAUUUGUAAGAUUGUGAUGAGGCACGCCCAUCAGAUAGCCCUGCAGCACCACUUCCUGGCUACAUCGCACUAUGUGACUACCCGGAAAGGGGUCUCGACCCUGGCUCUCAUCCUGGGGACCUUUGCUGCUUGCUGGAUGCCUUUCACCCUCUAUUCCUUGAUCGCCGAUUACACCUACCCCUCCAUCUAUACCUAUGCCACCCUCCUGCCUGCCACCUACAAUUCCAUCAUUAACCCUGUCAUAUAUGCUUUCAGAAACCAAGAGAUCCAGAAAGCCCUCUGCCUCAUUUGCUGUGGAUGCAUCCCUUCCACGCUGUCUCAGAGAGCACGGUCUCCCAGCGAUGUGUAGCAGCCAUCUCCCCAUAGGACGCUGCCUCUACCAAGCGCCCCCACUGCCAAGGGCGGCCAGUGAUUUCUUCCCCUUAAAUUCUUUGCACUGGAUCUCACAAAUAGAAGCAAUGACAUCUUGUAGACUGGUAUUGACACUGGAAAUCAUGUUAUCAGCGUUUAAAAAAAACUCGACUUCUCGGCUCAGCGUUCUGUUGUUUGGUUUGGGAGUUAGGAUUUGUUUGUUUGUUUGUUUGUUUGUUUGGAGGGUAUAGUGGGACCUCAUGUGGCCAUGAAAUUAUGCACAAGUCUCGGGAUUUUUAACCUAGACUUGAAAAAUAAAUCAGAGUUUUAAAGG